AUGGGGAAUAAGCUUGGGAAGAGAAGACAGGCGGUGGACGAGAAGUACACGAGGCCGCAGGGCCUGUACCAGAACCAGAACUUCGACCACAAGAAGGUUCGGAAGCAGAUACUCAGAUCGAAACUUGCGCCCUGUUAUCCUGGCGGGGAGGAGAGAAUCUUUGAUCGUGAAGAGUGCCCCAUCUGCUUCCUGGUCAGUAUUUUCUAUUGCUCUGUUGAAGUAAUGUUUCUCGUGGGUAGCUAUUUGAGGAUGCCCUAUAUAGGCCUGUAUCUUUUCAGGAAAAGAUCAAUAAUCUUGGCUAUCCAAGAAGAUCGGACUAAUAUUUCUUUACUUCUUCUGUUUCUCUCUUUUUAGUAUUAUCCCAGUCUCAACCGCUCAAAAUGUUGCACGAAAGGCAUCUGUACAGGUAUUUUGGCUUGUAAAUUGAAAUACUUAGCAUAUGCGAGAUCUUUUUACAUUCUAAUUUCCUAUGGACUCAACUGGAUGAUCCCGUUCACAGAAUGUUAUCUGCAGAUGAAGUCAUUUCGUUCUACACGUUCCUCACAGUAUCCUUUGUCCGUUUUAUUGGCAGAUUUUUCGGGGAAACAGUUGAUGAUAUUUUAAUUUAGAAAAUUCCAACUGUAUGUCGUCUUUACCAUUUUGACAUGGGAAACUUUAACAAUUAAAAGGUGCCCUUUUUGCAAAAGCUCUAAUUAUGAAGUGGAUUAUCGUGGCAUGAUGACAAAAGAGGAACGACGAAUGGAAAAGAUUGUAUGUUUCUCUCACGUUUUUUCGUCUCCUUGGGGGAUGGAACUGCCGUUCUCAUUGUCAGAGUAGAACUUCCUCAAAUGCUCGUUUCUUCUGGUUGUGUAGGAGGAACAGAAAGUUAUAGAAGCAAAAAUAAGGAUGCAACAACAGGAACGACUUGACGAAGAAGAAAGGAUAGAGAGAAGAAAAAUUAUGGAUUUGUCGAAUGGAAUAAUGAACCCUGGAGGCAUAGAAUGUCGGGAGUUGCCAAGUAGCUCAAGUUCAGGUUUCGCUGAUAUUCCCUGCGAAUGCCAGUUAAAGAUAGGGAUUCUACUUCUUUCAUUAAGUUUUUUAAUGCAACAAUGCUGCUCUACAUAUGCAGGCCAAAACAAUGGAUUUGUUUCACCUCAGAUCACACCUGCUUUGCCUGUCAACAGGAGGCUUUUACAAACCAGACAAAACAGGUGUCUCAAGUUUUCCUGUGACCCUUUAUUUAGUUGCUAUGUGCAAAUUCAUUUACUUGUUGAGGUGGUAUGCAUUUAUUUACUAAAUUCAUUUAUUUCUUUAUCUCUUAGAUUUCCAUGAAAUCAAUGUUUUUCAUUGAAUUGACCCAAAUAUCUAGAUAUGCAUCUGUACCCGUUAGCAAAUCAAAAAUCGCUCGUCUUAUUCUUUAUGUUAUAUAAUGUAUUCUUUUUUGUCUUGAGAAUUUUUGGUGUUUAUGUGAUUGCAAGUGCAUGUUUGUCUUUGUGAUCAUGCCUUUGAUCACAAAGAUUAAGCAUUGGCUGGCUGUCAAUGUUACUCCAUAAUUGAGCUCCUGGUUGUUUCCUGGGACAUAUUUUACCCUUUGACUGCCAAAGAUGUAGGGAGUAGAGGGAAAAUGAAAAGUGAUGCUGCAUAUUCUUAUGUUCAAGUCUGAAGGGGGAUGGAUUUAUGGAAAAUCAGGAAUCCACAUAUAGAGAUAUGUACCGCAACCGCUGACAUAGGAUGAUUCUCCAAUGUUGGUCAUUAGUACUGGUUUUCACAUGCAUUUUUAUGUUGCUGUUAUGAAAAUGAUCUAGAUAGACAAAGAAUGCUGUGUGAUAACGAGAAGAAAAACUGCAGCUAUUUAUGAAAUAGUGUUUACUAUGUAUUUUAGGAUCAUAGUAUAUAUUGAAAUCAGAUUAAAGCAUACCAAUUAUUCUCUCCACAUUUGAAUUGCUGGUGUUAAACUUUGAUGGUAAACAGAAUUAAUGACGUGGUAUAAAAUCGAAAUGGUUUUGUAAAAAAUAAAAAAAAUAAAAAAAAAGAAAAAAAGAAAAGCUGAGGAGUCAUAACUGAAAUUAAGAUGGGUUUUGUGCAAAAAAAAGUUUCAGCAGACGUCUUCAUCAGUACCAUGGUUAAUUGUCUUAUUUUUGAAAUUGGAAAACAGAUAAACAUAAAAUACUAGAAUUUUCAUUUAUUUCGUUAUGAUACGUUUUCAGAAGUGAUUUUUAGUCUUGUGUAGAUGAUGCAGGGCGAUUAUUUGAUAUAAACUGCUCAAUCAUGCCUAGAGAUCACUGCUUCCUUGCAAGGGAAGGACUGCAGAUCUUUUUAAUUAAUAGAGAAAGUAAAAACUUUGAUCUAGUUAUUAACUUACCUUUUUGGAUAGUUGGUAGCGGGGUCGAACCAUAAUGGAGAAUAAAACGGUUGCAAGCCUUUGUUUGGCUCUUUCGUUGUCCAACCUGAGGGUACAUUUUCUUUGGUUUUACUCUGCCCGGACCACCCGUCCUGUGAACAGUAUCAAUUUCAAAGGCUGUUUUUCUCCUCUCAAGAUCGAAGACACUCUACAAGUUCAUCAUAAUUUUAAAAUGCUCUUUGGCAGAUGAAAAUUGUCUCUUUAGCAAAUUCCUUGAUUUUUUUUAUUUUUUAUUUCAAAACUCUUACUCAGUGCAAGUCUAUAUAUGGAUUAUAGUUGGAAACUUUGUCAUACAUAUCUCUUGUUUGCCGAGUUAUUUCUCUCGCUUUGUGAAAGGGCCUUCUGUCCGAAUUGAGCACGCUUGAUUCAAUAUCAUCCUUUGACUGCCGAUCAAACUAUGGUGGUUUUUAAGUGGCAGACAAAUAACUGUGGUGAUGACUCUUUAUAACUGAUCUUUCCCCUCUUCAAUGCGUACAUCUGUAUACAGACUAGGCCAGCAAUACACUCCUUGGAAGUGGCUAAAUUUAAAGCAGUAUCUGAAUCAGAAGCUGUAGCCUUACUCUGACAUCUGCUGAUUUGUUCGAAAACAGUGUAACGAAAAGUUCUACACAAAGAGUUAAGCUUUUAGGAAACAGCCUUGGCACGAUAACUGUUCAAUCUUAAAUUAUAGUAAAUAAUAUUCAAUGCUAGUACGCAUUCUUCUCUAUAUUCCUAUUUAAAGUAAAAAGCUGUAAAACACAUUCUUCUGUCCCUAUCUUACUCAACUGAACAAGGAGGGAUGGGACGCAGACUGCACAUCUCUGUACUUGUUUUCUCUACAGACGGAUGAGGGCUCUCUGUAUACAGGGGACAUAGUUUCUUGAGGCAAACUGGAGGUUUGUUGGUUUUGAUUAAUCUGUGGUCAGUUGCUUGCGUGUGCUUUUAAUGGUAGACUGUGCCACACAAAAUCAUGAACUUCUGUGGAUGAAUUUCUUGAUUAGUCCAAUGUUUAUCGGUAAGACAUCAUGGUCAAACUGUUUACCGAAAUGCAGGACCGAUGACUUUGACCUCGAUCUUGAAGACAUAAUGGUUAUGGAGGCCAUCUGGCUAUCCAUUCAGGUAACUCGCACCAUAUAUACUCGCAUUGGCACUUGGUGAUCUUGACCACCCAGUUCUAACUUCUGUUCUUGAUUUUUUUUUAUCAUGUAUUAGUCCAAUAUAUAUAUAUAUAUAUAUCUGAAAUUUCAUAUGAUGGAUAUAUUUCAUAUAUAUAUAUUUCAUAUGAUUGUUGUAGAGACAUAGAGACAGAGAGACAGACAUUUGCCUGGGCUAUUCUAUGAACUAUAUAGUUCACAUGCAUCAUUUCAAAAAUAUGACUGAACGAUUGGACCCGGAUUGAAGGUGGCAUUUCUGAUACCAAGCUCAGUGAAUGUAGAUGAUAAUGGCCUUCCAUAGCCGGUUAUCAUAUGAUUUAUUUAGCAUUGGACCAUGUUUCGUCUCUGUUCCAGUAAAAAAUCGCUACUUUGAGGAUUCUCUGAGCUUCCUCCAUUCUCUUCCUUUAUUCUCUCUGCUUCGAUCAGGAGAAUGGCGGCGGCGGCGCCUCCUCAGAUCCGUCCUGCUCGGGGCCCUCCUUCCGUGAAGAUUCCCCUUCCGGUGGCCUCGCCUGCGCGGUGGCCUCCCUGGCUGAACGCCAGGUGGUGGAAAAUCAUCAUCAUCAUCUUCAUCCACCCGAUAGCUGGAUGGAGGUCACCUCCGGCGGCGGCGGGAGGGCGGCAGCGCCGGAGGAGGACCUGGGCGGCGCCGCCACCUCGCCGGCCGAGCACGUCCCCGACAGCUUCGAGGAGCAGGUGAUGCUGGCCAUGGCGAUCUCCCUAGCGGAGGCUCGGGGAAGAAGAAGAAACCCAGAAGAAGAAACCAGCCGAUAG